CUGUCCUUGUAGCCGAUAUUUUGAAAGAUUUAGAAAGCAGAUGUUAUUCUUCACAGUUUCAUUCGGACCGGACUUUGGUCCUGUUUUUGUUGCCCGGAAAGCAAGCUAUAAGCCCAUCAGCUAGAAAGUAGGCGGGUCCUACAGUACGGCAUCCUGUGCUGCUAUUGGUUUAAACUGUUGUUGGUAUGGUUUAAAUGUCUGGCGGUGAUAAUAAACAAAGAGCUUGUUUAAACGUGGACAAGAUGGUGACUAAAAGGAUCCGCUCAGAGUACAUGAAGAAGUUCAAAGACCCCAAAUGGGAGACUUACACCAAGUGUUAUGAGGAGAUGCUGGCCUACAGGCUGACCCGGAGGCUGCUGGAGCACACACACAACCCCUGGUUCUGGAACGGCUCGGACAGCGACUCGGACUCGGGAGGAAGGAGCCCUCCUCACCCCAGUAAGAACCAGGUUGAAGCCGGCGGAGGCAGAGCUGAAACAGAGGAGCCUGAGGGGGUCAAGACGGACAGACAGCAGGAAACCAGAACCACCGGAGCCGGACCCAGACAUGCUGUCCAGAACCAGGAGCAGAUCAGGCCUGACCCACAGUCCUCAGCACACAGUUCGCAGUGUGACKAUACCAGGGAGUCAAACAAAGCAGUUCAGGGAGAGGAAGAGGAGUUCUCUGCUCCACUCCGAGACAAAGAAAAAGAGACGAGAGCAGCCCGACCCCACCAAGGAAAACCCUCCAAAUCAACGAGACCAGCCUGGCGCUCCCAGCGAGUGAGGCCUGUACGGCAGCUCAAAGAGGACACAAAGGAGAAGCGACAUGCUUUCGCUCUGUAUGGCUCAGGAGCAAAGGAUGCAGACAUCGCAAAUAGGAAGACUCACAACGUCGGUCCUGCAGCUUCUACUGCUGAGAUUCAUGAAUCGGCUCUGCGUGCUAAGACCAGGCGGCAGGUGGAGCGGCAGGUCCAGUCCCGGCGACCUGAGCGGCGCCGGGCCAAAUCAGCGGACCCAAAUAAAGCCGAGAUGGCGGUUCAGUCCGAGUUCAACCCCUGGCUCACCGAGUACAUGCGCUGCUUCUCCGCUCGCUCCCGAUAGGGCAGCGGCAGAACAUCAGCACCGACAGCCAUCAUUCCUGCCUCUAGAAACAGCGGAAGUUCAGACACAAGGCACGUUUUACGUGCUCCGAGUCUCACUGCGACUUGUCUUCGUGGAAAACAUCUCAAACUCAGGGAUUUUAUACAAGAUGGAGGACAAUCAUGGAAGAAACGUUUUAGUUUUAGUUUUUGUCACAGAACUGAAGUUUUGUCACAUGAAGACAUUUGGCAACACUUGAACUUGAAGGGGUGUGCAUAGCGGUGUGUUCACACCGAACACGUUACGCGCGUCAAAAACGCGUCGACGCUUCAAGUUCGGCGCAUGUGCACUUUGAAGUCAGACGUUUGACAUUUUGCUCUAGAUAUCAGUCCCGUCAAAACCGCUCUAGUUGGACGUCGAGAGGAAACUCCUUGGCGUACACGUCCCUCAAACUCUUCCACCGUCUCCUGCAUGUUUCGUCCAAAUAAAUACAACGUUUAUUUUACGUUUAUUUAACGUGUUUCAACGUUUUUGCUGGACGGAUUUGGAUAGAUCAAAUACGGGGAAAUAUUUUCAAAUAGUUAUAACUUACUCAACAUCUCAACUUCCUCUCUGAUCCUCUCCCAAGUCAGGUCCUUUAUAUUCCUGGCUCUAGUCGUAGCUCGAUUGGUCGUAGAUUACAGGACAAUUUGUUUAUUCUCCAUAGUUUUAUUUUUCUGAGAUCACGUCGGAAAAUGCAAAACUACGAACGGCUGAAGUUCAGAUUUUCCAGCGUUGGUCGCAUCAAACGCUUCAAAUCGCGCAGCACUUGACGCGCCUCCACAUGUGACUGUUUAUGACUGUUGUAAUGAAGUUUCAUUUGGUAAAUAAUGACUUUAAAUGAACGUUUUAAUUGCACUUUGCAUUAAAAAUGGCAUUUGCAAAUUAAACUUUACAACAUUCAGUCUUAUGCACAUCCCUUCAAAUGAAGCUUUACCAGACAUUUAAUGUUAGUAGUUCACAUUGAAUCUUAACAGCCAUACUUUGACGCAAAUCCUUUAAGACAUCCAGUAAAAGGACGACUUUGUUAUGGCGAUAAUAAUCUACAGAGGAGCGACUCGUGGGUAAAAGAAUCAGAUAAAGAUUCUUGUUCGUGAAGAAACUUUUGAACUUGUAUGAACAAUAAUUCAAGGAUUCGGUGUUGACCAGAAGUUUACAUACUCAUGGUUUUGUUAGGGAGGAGUGAUGAGGCAACAUUUAGCAAGAGGAAGGUGAGCAGGUUUGAAUUAGUUUAGGAAAGGAGGAGGAGGACCACCAGCAGGAGGCGCUGCAGUCCCCAACCUGCAGACUCAGCCUGACGUCAAGGUGAGCAGCUCUUCAUCCAUCUUCCUCUUCCUCACCCACACAGCGCUGUUUAACUCAGAACCAACCAAAUCUGUUUUAAUAUUCCCAAAAGUACCUUUUUUCUUUUCAAAAAGGCAACUCAAGUAAAUGUAACUAGUUACUAUUGAACUCUGACUGUUGCUCACAGCUCAUCAAACCUGAGAAAUCUUUCAAGGGCUAAACUAGCUUAGCUUUAGCAUCAUGACUGUGACGUUUCUGAUUUGUAAUAAAACCUGCAGAGCGUCUAAAUCUGUUUAUUGUGGUUUAACUGGAAUCAUGAUAAAGGAGAUAUAAACGGUUUGGAUUUUAUUUUCUUGUUGCAAACCGUUCACUAACUUCACUUUUUUUCUCUCUGUUUCGCUCCACGAUUUUCUUAUAGCAUCAGAAUUACAACUUGUAGCGAUGUUGGUUCUGGAAAAGGGACAGAAAGUUUCCUGCGCCUGCCUGGAAGAGGCUCAUCCGCAGGAGAAAUACCCAGAAUGCACCAGGAACACCUGGUUUUAUUUAGAAAUGUUCUCAAAUUAUUUAGACUCACCUGCUUCCUUCACAUUUUUGAAACAUUUCCUGUCGUCACCAUCUUUGAUUUGACCUUGAAGGGAUUUUAUUCUUUCUUCUGUCUCCUUUUGGGUUUUUGUUGUCUUCCUUCAUCUGGUUAUUGUCCAUAAAUUAAGACUACUGGUUUAACUUCAGGCAGAUUGCGUCCUUUUUAAUUUAAAAUAAACUUAAACAUUGUMAAACGUU